GUGACCAUUGUUGAGCAGGGUCGAGAUUGUUAGCGUAGCAUUCCCCCCCUCACUUGGCCGACUUUCUUUUUCUUUUCUACCCGUGUACAGCGACUGAAACGACGCAGAUCCGUAAUUGUGUCAUGAAAGAAAUGUCCAGUUCUGUGCCUAGUGGGCAGCAGCCUCCCAAACACUAUGGCAUCACGUCUGCCAUCAGCCUGGCUCCUCCUCGGGACAUCGACCAUCAAUACACUGACAAGCUGUGUGACGCCAUGAAGCCCUUCGGGGUGUUUGAGGACGAAGAGGAGCUCAACCACAGACUUGCAGUCCUUGGGAAAUUGAAUAAUUUAGUUAAAGAAUGGAUCGCUGAGAUCAGUGAAGCAAAGAACCUUCCUCCGUCAGCGAUAAGUUGUGUUGGGGGCAAGAUUUUCACAUUUGGUUCAUAUCGCCUUGGAGUCCACACAAAAGGGGCUGAUAUUGACGCCCUGUGUGUGGCUCCACGUCAUGUCGAGAGGACAGACUUUUUCCAGUCGUUCUUUGAGAAACUGAAGCAGCUCGAGGAAAUCAAAGACCUGAGGGCUGUUGAAGAUGCUUUUGUGCCUGUGAUAAAGUUUAAAUUUGAUGGAAUAGAGAUUGACCUGUUGUUUGCACGUCUGGCUCUUCAGUCGAUCCCUGAUAACCUGGACCUCAGAGGAGACUCCAUCCUCAGAAACCUCGACAUCAGAUGUAUCCGCAGUCUCAAUGGCUGCAGAGUCACAGAUGAAAUCUUGUAUUUGGUGCCAAACAAAGAAAACUUCAGGCUCACACUGAGAGCCAUUAAACUCUGGGCAAAACGCCGGGGGAUCUACUCGAACAUGUUGGGUUUCCUCGGUGGAGUUUGGGCGAUGCUUGUGGCCAGGACCUGUCAGCUUUACCCCAACGCUGUGGCUGCCACGCUCGUGCAUAAAUUCUUCCUUGUUUUCUCUAAAUGGGAGUGGCCAAACCCUGUGCUUUUGAAACAGCCUGAGGACAGUAAUCUGAACUUACCGGUGUGGGACCCUCGAGUUAAUCCAUCGGACCGAUACCACCUGAUGCCCAUCAUUACCCCCGCUUACCCGCAACAAAACUCCACCUACAACGUCUCCACAUCCACGCGGACCAUUAUGAGUGAAGAGUUUAAAUACGGUUUGAGCGUCACAGAUGAGAUUCUUCAAGGGAAAGCAGAAUGGCCCAAACUGUUUGAACCUCCAAACUUUUUUCAAAAAUACAAACAUUACAUAGUUCUCAGUGCCAGUGCAUCAACAGAAGAUAAUCACUUAGAAUGGAUCGGUUUGGUGGAGUCAAAGAUCCGAGUUUUAGUGGGAAACCUGGAGAGAAACGAGUACAUUAACCUGGCUCAUGUGAAUCCACAGUCCUUCCCCGGGUCCAAGGAGAACCGCGAAAAUGAUUACAUGUCCAUGUGGUUCAUUGGGAUCCUCUUCAAGAAAGUAGAAAAUGCAGAAAGUGUCAACAUCGAUUUGACCUAUGACAUCCAGUCCUUUACAGACACAGUUUACAGACAGGCGAACAACAUCAACAUGUUAAAGGACGGGAUGAAGAUCGAAGCCACACACGUCAAAAAGAAGCAGCUCCAUCAGUAUUUGCCUCCAGAGCUUAUACAGAAAAAGAAGAGGAGUAUAGCAGAGCUGAACCGCAGCUCAAACGGCGGCAGCUCGAAGCGCAUUUCUCUGGACAGCAGUCAUUUGGACAGUUCCACAAACACAGACUCAGGGACCCCCGUCUGCUCCCCGGCCUCCAAGCCCCCCAAGCCCACCUCCGACACAGACGACGGAGUCAGUCCUCCUAAACAGCUGUUUGUGGAGAGCUCUCCUGUCUCUGCGUCCGAAGCUCCUCCAGCUGUCCCCGGGUCAAAGCCCUCAGUGAAACCCUCCAAGCCGCCCUCCCCUCCUCCGGCCGCCGCGGUGACGCCAAACGCAGCGAGUAGCCCCAAAGAGGAGUCGAACGGCGCUGCAGACGAUUCUGUGAACGGAGCAGGUGCAAAACGACCUCACUCCCCGACUCAAGAGGAGGUCAGCAAGAGGCACAAGGACGAGCCUGUGUCCAAUGAUGAUGCUACUUUCAAAGAGCCUUACCCUCCUGCAGACGUCAGCGCAGAAGGAACGAAUGUUAGUACUGCAUCAAAGGCAAAACCCAUUCCAACCCUCGAUACCUCAAGAACACAGAGACUUCCGAGCAUGGAGCUGCCCGAUGCCUCGUCUCCUCUUCCGGCCAGUAACAGCUGCAGAGUUGUCAAGAACUCCAUCAAACUUGCUCUCAACCGCCACAACAUCACACCUCCAAAGCCUCCUGUGAUCGACGCACCUCCGCCUGUAGAAGCUCCUCCCCCUCCCGCUCCCGUCGCCACGGUUACAGAGGAGAAGGGCAUGUCCAUUCCUGUCAUCGGCUCAAAACACGUGUCUAAGCUGGGAGCGCCCCCCGUCGGCAGCUCCAUCCCCACGCUGGUGAGCCGAGGCGCGGACCCUUUGAACGGCUCCUCCUCCAAAAGACCCCACUCCCCGUCGCUGGAGGAGCAGGCCAAACGACUAAAGGAGACAGAGAAGGCUCGAAUCCACAUAGCCUAAAACACAGUACAAACAUACAGACUUUAAAACACACUCACACAAGAUUUGACUGGCAACCGGACAUUACCGCUCAAAAAGUCAGAUUGAUUAUGGAAAUUCACUGUCAAAUUCUUUCAAAGUUCUGCAAAUAUCUUCACACGUAGUUUUUUUUUUUUUUUUACUUCAACCAUUGCGUUUGUAAGCAGUGGGGAAAAGAUUAGUUCAUUUACGUUUUAAAAAAGAAGUCCCAGCUCUUUUUUGAUUUUGUACAGUAAAUGUUGAUGUACAUAACUUUGUCUUAAAAAUCACUGUUUAAAAAGUCUUUGGAUCGCUCUAUUGUAGUUUUAUCUAAAAACGAGAAAAAAAAGUUUAAAAAAUUGUAAUUAUCUUUUCUUCUAUCGCUUGUUGGAAAAAAAUUGUCUCCUGAUCUGAGUUUUGGGAUGUUAAGGUUUAAAGGAGGGAUUUUGUGGACCACCGUGAAGAGACCGUUCAGGUUGGUAUCGGACUGCAGUGAGUAGCUUAAAAGAAAUGAAUGGAUGUAACUAUAAAAGGCUGUUGUUAACUUAAACAUCUUAAAAACAGGCUUGUCCAAACUUGGUCCAAAGAGCAGAACAAUCUCAAAGUCUUAUUAUUAUCAAAAAUGUCCAAGAAAGUCACAUUUAAUACAGUUAAUAACCAAAACUAUCGCGUAUCUUGUUUACAGUCAGAACAUAUUUUGUAUCAGUCGUUCAUUCUUUGGAGACUGAAAUUUAAGAGUUGAGUUUUCAAAAUUGCAUCUCAAAACAAGUUAAAACAAACCAAAAAUAGUAGUUAAAUAAAAAUACAUGAAUGUGCAUCAGUGACUUUUCAAACUCAACUUUUCGUGGCCUUAAUGUUUUUGAUUGUCAACAUUGAAAAUCCUCUCGCGACAGAAAGGAACUGAAGUCUUUUUUUUGCUUUUGAACAAGUUUGGACGCCCGAUUUAACAAUUGUACUGGACAUUUGGGUAUAACACCAACCAAAAAGCUUAAAUUCAGAAUCUCAGAGCCUUAGCUGCUAGUUCUUUUCUUGAAUUCACGCUCUCUCAACACCUUAAUCCAUUCUUUUCUCACACCUUCUCUUCAAACCCCCAUCCUAACCCUAACCUCAUUUCUCCUGGUUCGUCGUUUGUUCGUUUGUCUUGGCUGCUUCAGAAUCCGUUUGUGAAAAUGUGCAGUUCCUCGUCGUUACGCACGUGUAUCGGAGUAUUUUGGAAUGGUUUCGAAUGGCUGUGUUCGAGUGCAUGCAUCGCGUUGGUUGUGAUUUCGUGAGAAAGAUUGAAAUUCCCGGUAGUUUGGGUGUUACCGCUGCGCCUCCCGUGGAGGUUCUUAAACACAUUCGGGCAUCUCCUCCUCUUGGGGCCAUGGGUGGGGGUCCGGAGACAACUUUUUUUUUCUUUUUUUUUUCUUUAGGUUUCUUGUCACGUUUUUUCAAUUAGGACUGAAUUUUUAGUGCAAUUUAAAUGGAUAGAGAAGUAUUUUAAGAUGGAUUUAUUAGAUGCUAAAAUAGUAAUAUGACUUUACUAUUUAAAGCUACACUGUAACUUUUCUGAUGUCUCCAUGGAGAUGUGGCGUUGCCUGGGUUCUUCCACAGUAUGGCAUUAAACUUGUCUAUUGUGUUUAAUUGGACCUCAAAAAUAUCUUAUUAAAAACUGAAUGUCCUAACUUCUCUAGAGAUCUGAUGUUUUCCUUGGAGGUGUCACCUUCUUGUUUCCAUGGAGAUAAGUUCAUUGUAUUGUGGGACAUUUAAGGCCAUCUCCACGGUGACAAGAAGCCGUGAAACAUCCCUUCGGAAAAGUUACGCCAAGCACCUUUGUUAAUUGUGAUGUUACGUACUGUAGGGAACGGGAAACUCUAGAAUCGAAUUGGCUUAUGUGAAUGCAAUACUUGUCCAUCCCUUACAAAUUGUGCAUCAAAAUUUGAAAUGAUUUGAAAAUUUGUGACACUCUUUUCUUUCUUUGUACAGAUGCAGUUUUUGAAAAAAAGGCAUAUUAUUCAUCAAAGGGGUUUUCUUAUCUCUUUAUUUAUAUUUGCAUAUUUGUACCAUGUGAUCUUUUUUUAAUAGCAUUCAUAGCAGGUAGGUUCAUAUUUUUUUCCACAUGAGAUCUUUGACCACAUGUUUUUGCUGUUCGAAAACAUUUAAAGAGAAAAAUGGUCAUUUAGACGUUUGUUUCUAAAUUGUAACAAAAGGGUAUUUUUCUAUGUGUUUAUCACUUCCUUUAAUGAAUCCGUACAAAACAUUAAACCCCUUAAAAACUA